CGUGUACUGGUAUAAAUGCUCUGCAGGUCUGUUCGUGAGCUGAUCAUCGUGGGCUGGCAGGGAAGUGGCUCCCGCUGCGCCGCGCCGCGCCGCGCUGCGUGCGGGGCGGGGAGCCGCGGAGUCCGGCGCACAGUCAGUGCGCUCAGGCCAGCCGCGGCGCGCGCACCGGGACCAGACAACAUGGGUCUGGAGAAAGAACGGGCGGAAAGCAGCGUCAUUAUGGACGCGGAGGAGUUCAACAGGUCGAUAGAACCCAUUCUGCUCCGAAAGGGGAAGGGGUUUUCCGAGGUCCCGGAUGAUCGGGAUCCGAACGACAUCAACGCUCAUGUGAAGGUGGCGUUUGAGGAUGUCAUCGCGGAGCCCGUGUCCACGCACAGCUUUGACACGGUGUGGGUGGGCAGCCACGCCGCCUUCGAGCUCGUCAAAUUCUUGUGUUACCGGCUGCUGAGCACGCUGCUGGCCGUGCCCGUGGCCUUCGUCCUGGGACUAAUGUUUGGAGUCCUCAGCUGCCUUCACAUCUGGUUGGUGGGACCCGUGAUCCGGGGCUUCUUGACCUUUUUGCCCCCCGCGCUUACAGUGUGGAGGAAGCUGAUGGUCUUGUUCGUUGCCCCGCUCUCCCACAGCAUGGGAAAGAGCAUGUCCUCCAUUCAAGUUCGCAGUUCUGAAAAUAAAUGAGGUGCCUCACAGUAGAAGAGGAAAGGUAUAAUUAUUAAAUCUAAUGGAAAGUUUUAAAGGGAUGGAAAAGUUCAUUCAAAGCGAUGAAAUCUCCUGCUUAAAUUCUUUUAGAAUAAGUAGAAUAAGACUGCUACUUAGCUUAUUAUCACCGCUAGAUGUGUGCAGUUAUCAACCUAUCAACUUGGGCCAAAUUAGACAAAGAAGGGAAUGUUUUUAGUGUCUAACAACAUUUCCUUGGUCUAUGUGUAUCAUUUUAUUUAUUAUUUAUGGCUAAAAGAAAUCUGGUUAUUGCAUCAUUUCUUUAAUCCAUUUGUUGUGGCAUUCAAGGUUUUCCAGAUUGACAUACUGCUGAGGCUUUCAGGUAGAAAUGUUCUGCUUUGUUGCACAUAGUGCAACUUUCUUCUAAAAAGUUUAAGGGCGAUGAACACAAUCUACCUGCAGGAUGAAGAUUAGUGCUAAAUAUUGCGUGCUAAGAUGCAGGUUGUUGCAAAUUUACAAUGUUAAUGUUACUCUGCUGAUCUCACUGCUCAUUGGCAGCACUGCUGGGCAUUUGCUAUUUAAGGGUAUUGUAUUUAACUGUCAGAAAACAAAAAUAAAAGUUAAAGACAGCUCUAUCGAAUCCAUGAAUGUCCUCGGGGGGGGGGGUUGAAUGUCCAAAGGGUGUUGAAGGUGGAACCGGUUAAAAGUGAUGUCGAUUUUCUGCAUUUUUUUGCUGGUGUUGGUACAUUCCUAACAUCAUUUAGCAUGUUAGGUGACAAGUUACUUUUUGGCAUCAAAGUGGUGCAUUUGUUGGGAUUUGAAAUAUUUUAAAAGCUGAAUAAAAACAAAUGUUUUGUGCAA